CGCAGAGUCGCAGCCAAUUUGCAGACUCGCAAAAUUUCUUCCGGUUCAGAAGUGUCCAGAUCUGGCGCGCCUUGCUCCGCCUGGCCACGCCUUGAAACGCCUCCUCACGCCUUCCCCGCGCUAAACGUGCAACUCGCGAAACAGCCGACCGCCUCGGGCGAUUUCCUGCCGCCUCGCUCCGACGCGCGCGAAGGCAUGCCUUUGAAAACACUGGAAACAGAGAAAGACCCAUAUCAUGGAGAAAUUAUAAAUUUGCUUGCUAAUGCUCUGAUGAAGAAACUCACAAGCUCAGACCCCUCCAAGACCCUGACACCGGAUCACAUGAAUGGCGUCAAACAAUGCCUUUCUGUAUUCUACCCUGUGUUUCGCUCACCUGAUCAUCCCACCUAUGCUGUGAUGAUACAGAGGGCAAUUGCUGAGUUGAACGAGGAAGGGGGUUCGACUCAAGAAGCAAUAUCAGAAUUUAUUAGAGAGCGGUUUGACUGUUUGCCAUUGGCUCAUGAAAGUUUCUUGAGUCAUCACUUGAAGAAACUUAGUGAGAGCGGAGAAAUUCUGAGUGCUUCAAAUAAUUAUUAUAUGCUUCCGGCUGAAGAAAAUGGUUAUGUUUCUCGAAGGGAGCGAGUGCAGAAAAAAGAGAGUAGUGGGCUGGGUAGGGGAAGAAGAACAAGAAAUGGAAUUGAGCAUAAAAAACUGGCAGAAAAACAAGUUGAAGUAACUGAACAUAGAGAACAGAGGCAGCAAAGUCAGGAGCCCGAGGUGAUAGUUGAUCAAAAUGGAUGCUCAGAGCAACAAAAGGAACAACAAGAUGAAGUGAAUGGAGAAGUUGCAAUGGUUGUGGCAAAACAGAAAUAUAAAGCGACUAAAGAACAAUUUGAAGUAACUGAACAUAGAGAAUGGAGGCAGCAAAGUCAAGAACCAGAGGUGAUAGUUGAUCAAAAUAGAUGCUCUGAGCAACAAAAUGAACAACAUGAUGAAGAGAGAGGAGAAGUUGCAAUGGUUGUGGUAAAACAGAAAUAUAAAGCGACUGAAGAACAGGUUGAAGUAACCGAACAACAGAGAGAACAGGGGAAACAAAGUCAAGAACUGGGUCUACAAGAACAGCACAGUAAGGUGAUUGAUGAUCACAGUGGACCUCCUGAGGAACAGCAAGACAAAGUGAAAGGGCAAAAAACUGAAAAACAAAUGCAAGAAGUUGCUGUGAUUGUUGAAAAGCAGCACAAUUCAGAAGAGAAAUAUAAAGCAACUGAAGAACAAGUUGAACUGAUUGAACAGAGACAACAUGGGCAGAAUUGUCUUGAACCGAAUCAAGAGCAAGAUGAACUGAUUGGACACCAAAGUCAAACUGAAAUGCAAGAAGUUGUAAUGAUUGUUGAAAAGCAGAAUAAUGCAAAAGAGAAAUAUAAAGUGACUGAAGAACAGGUAGAAAUUACUGAACGGAGAUUACAUGGGCAACAAAGUCAAGAACUGAGUCUAGAAGAACAGCAUAAUAUGGUGAUUGACAUUCAAAAUGGAUCUCCAGAGAAACAAAACGAACAUGCUGAUGGAUCUCCAGAGAAACAAAAUGAACAUGCAGAUGAAGCAAAUUGGCAACAAAUUCAAAAACAAAUGCAAGAAAAUGCAGUGAAUUUUCGAAAGCAGAGUAAUGCAGAACAGAAAUAUAAAGUGACUGAAGAAAACAUUCAAGCACAAAGGGAUGAACUUAUUGAAGAACGGUGUCAAUCUGAAGAACAACAAUGUGAAGUGACCAGAGAACAAUUACAAAUUGAAAGAAUUGAAAGAGAGAUUCAGUUACUAGAGGAACAAGUUGAAAUAAUUGAAAAGAUGACUAAACCAGGAGAGCAAAUUGAAAUGAUUUCUGAACGAAAUAAGCCACAAGAGCAAAGUGAAUUAAUAUCCAAGAUCGUUGGUUCUCGCAAUAUGCAGGAGUUAUUAUCAAAGAAGCAAGAUAAAGAUGCAGCUACUGCGAUCAAUUCAAGCCCUUCUCUUACAAGUCAAAAACUGCCCCACCAUGGUUCAUCAUUUUUGUCUGAGGAAAAUUAUGUAGAAUUGUUGAUGAGGACACGUAAGCUUGAGGAGAAGUUGUUGGAAAAUCUGUCUAGCAUAAGGGAGGGAUCAAACCAUAGCAGUCAGAAACCUAGGACAGACUUAGAGGAGUUAUUUUCAAGGCAUGGAGAGCUAGCCACCCAUGAUAGUCAGCCGCAGAUGCCCAAGUGCCAAAACAAAUCAAUUAACACUUUUCCUGAUGUUGAAUUGCCACAACAAGAGGAGAUUGGAAACUUAGAAAGAUCAUUGGAACCGUUAACAAUGGAAGCAGAGAAUAUCAGAGAAAUAUCCCGGCAUGUUGGAAAGAAGACUUGUCUAAACUUUGAAGCAAAGCAUGAGAAAGAAAAGCAUAGUGCUGCCUGCGAUCCCAACCUUUGUUGUCAGCAGAAGCCAUCCGUCUCUCUGCAAGUUGCAAGUUGUGAGGAUGUCCCCAAGCACUCACCAGACCAGGAACUGGAACGGAAACUGAAGAACCAGCAACCAGAACUUCAAAAGCCACAAAGACCUCAAGAUGUCAAAUUACUGUCAGUUGAGGGAGGCUAUAAGGCUCAUGAAUCUGAGCCAAACAUUAUGGACAGUUCUGUUGAUUUGCUCCAGGCAUCACAGCAUCAGAAGAGGCAGCUGCGUCCUCGGCAUAAAAAGACAUCUGAAUCUGGUUGUGGGGUGCCAAAGGCACGUAAAUGCGAGGAACUUGAGAACAAGAAGCAGCCCAGAGAAGAAAUACAGGACAUGGGUAUGAAGCUUGAUCAUUUUGCAGUUAAGCUGUCAUUUCAAGCACAGAAAAAUACACAGGAGCCAGCACAGCAGAGGCAAUUGUGUCCGCGGCGCCAAAGGCAGUCCAAAUCUGAAGAGUUGAUCACUACAUCGAUGAUGGAAUCACCACCCACAAGGCAUCAGGAUCCCCUGAUAUCAAACCUUCAAGAAGCUGAAAAGCCUCAGGAGCUAAAGACAUCAGCAGCGAAAACAGGCCCCACACAGCAGCAGAGGCAACUUCGACCUCGAGACAAAAAGCUGCCUGGAUCUAGGGCAGUUCUGUCACCUUCACAAUCUCUGGAUGAGCAGUAUCCAUUGCUUUCAAACAGUGGAAGAUCUCAAAUGCAACAGCCGAGAGUGGAUGAUUCAUCUCAGCUGAAGAACCGACAUCGACAUGAUGAAUUGUCCCAAACAAUAAAAGAGCUGCAGCGUCAUAUGAAAUUACAUUCACACAGCCAAGGUGUUUCACAAUCUGAUCCUAGUGUGUCCAUGACAAAAUCAUCACCCUCACAGAACCAAUGUGAGGAACCCCAAGAAAAGAUGCAACAUGAUGAAUUGCAGCACCUGAAACAUCAAAAGCAUAAGAAGCCUCCUAGACCAAAGGAAAAUGUAGACCCAACUAUGGAGGUUUUGCCCCCAUCAGCUGACCAGCAGCCACAGAAGCGAGGAAGAGGGAGGCCUCCUAAAGCAAAACUGGCUACAGCUUCAACCAGCAAUGCAUCACUGCCUGCUAAAUGCCAGAAGCAGAAGGAACAACCAGAAAAACGAAAACAAGGGAGGCCCCGUAAGUUGACAGCAAAAAUUACUUUAGCAAGGACCAGAUUGACCUUAAAGAACCAACCACAGCAACAAAAGCGAGGUAGGGGAAGGCCUCGAAAAGUGACUGAGGAAACCUAAGAAGGCAACCAUGAAUGUUCUGUUCUCUAAUAUCACUAGCAUUGUAGUUCACCAGUUUGUAAUAUGGUUUACCUUGGUAGGAUUUUUCCUCGGAGAAAACAAAGAAUCAUCUUAUGUUUUUAACUUAUUUAGUAACCAUGGAACUGUCAAUGCCAGGUUGAUUCCAAACA